AUGACGACGAUCAAACGAGAGCUGGAUACUCCUCUAGUUAUUGAUGAGGCGAGCAAGCGCAGGGGAUCCAAGCCUGGCCGUAAGCCGCUGGAUUCGGAGGCGAAGAACAAAAGAACAGCUCAAAAUCGUGCUGCGCAGCGUGCGUUCCGUGAGCGGAAGGAAAAGAAGAUGCGGGAACUAGAAGACAAAGUCCAGCAGCUGGAAAAAGUACAAGAGCAAAACGAAAUGGAGUCGGGCUUCUUGCGAACCCAACUGCAGCAACUUAUCGCUGAGGUUCAAAAGUAUCGCCCGGAACAAGCCUCGGAUUCUCAAGUGCUUCAAUACCUGGCUAAGAGUGAGCAAUUGCAGCGUAGUUUGCAGCAACGCAGUCGUGGCCGACGUUCUGGCAGCGACAGCGCAAGUCGCAGCAGGAGUAGAAGUAGGUCAGGAAGUAGAAACCCUUCCACAGGAACUCCGUCCGACCCCAGUGAAGAUGCUAGCCCAACGGAUAUCAAGGACGAUGCCCUCAAAAUACGUGAAAAUAUGCAACGCAAGAUGAACUUUACAUUCGAGUACCCUAAAAACACUCCUUCAUCAGGUUCUUAUAAUGGCACCUAUCGGUCUCCAGUGGGAAGUGUGUCCACAAACGGAUCCAACACCUCGUUUGGAAACAAGAAUUUAAAUUUUUCGGGAAAUACUCCAAGCACUUCGUCAGGGUCGCUUGAUCUUUUCAGUUACAACUCCGACAGUCAAAGCUUGCCUAAGUUUACUCCUUCAAACUAUUCCGGUUCACUGAGCAACGAUUUUGAUUUUAAUUCCCAUUUUGAUGAGCAGGUCUCCGAAUUUUGUACUCAAAUGAACCAAGUUUGUGGAACGCGAGAUUGCCCCAUUCCCAAGAAAACUUCGGUCUCGUCAGCCUCUAAUCCUUCCCAGGCUUCGCCUUUGGUGCAGCCUCGCUCAAAUCACUCUCAAAGUAGCCAUACGGCUCUCACUAACUCCCCUAGCGUCUCCUCACCUUCUGACCUCAUGAACAAUCUUGCCAAACCUGCCCCGGCCGGUCAUGUUCCCCAAGAAGCCCCUCUCACUAAUUCCUGGGACUCCCCACAAUUUGGACAUUCAGGUUUUGGCCCUGAAUUGGAGGACCCCACUACCAAAUGGUUAUUUGCUGGCACUAACACACCUGGGAAUGCGACGACGGUACGAGCUUCAACAAACGAGGCCGACGCUUUGCCUUUUAUCGACGCUUCUUUAGCUUUCCCCAAUGACCAAGAGGAUCAGAUGUUCAACAACAAUUCGGAUGAUGUUUUGAACCAAUUUUUCGAAGACGAUCCUACGGUUUCUCAAUUGACUAACGAGGAAAGCAAUUAUGAUUUGUUCAGGCAAAACUCUGUGCCGACACCUGGAGCCGAAACCCAAGGCUCCUUGAGUUCUGCUGAUUCUCGUACUUCUGCGUCAAGGUCCAGUACGUCCACGGCAAUUACGGACUUUGGUGAAAAUGCGAUCGGCAAAUCUCUCAAACCAUCACCAUCGUCUGUUGGCGAACAAAGCUAUGAAAACUCUGCCUACGAUGUUGUCCCUGCUCGCGAUGGCAAUUUACUCAAGUGCACCGAAAUUUGGGACCGCAUUACAGCGCAUCCCAAGUAUUCAGAUUUAGACAUUGACGGAUUGUGUGUUGAGCUACGCACUAAGGCUAAAUGUUCAGAGAAGGGCGUUGUGGUCAAUUCCGAUGACGUUCAAAGAGCACUAGGUAAGCACAUGUCAUGA